AUGCACCUUAAAACGCACGAAAAUUCAAAUUUAAAAGAAGUUAUUUUAUUUCAAUUUUCUAACCUAAUUAGCUAUUCAAAAAUUUCAAAACGUAUAUCAGUGGAUAAAGAAUUACAUUAUCUACAAAAUGCACUAUUAACUUUGCACAUUCGACAUGAUCUAGAAGGACAAGUAAAUAAACCAAAAGAAGAAAUGACUCCAGAAGAACAAAGUUUUUAUUAUUUUAAAUUACAUGAUACAAACAAUGAUAAUCAAUUAGAUGGUUUGGAAGUUAUAUCGGCUUUCAAUCAUGUUCACGACGAUGAUGUAACUAUGGGUAAUAGUACUAAUCUGAACCAGACGUCACCCACGCCUGCCACUCGGUUGGCCGAUGAAGAAUUAAUACGUUUAGUUGAUGAUAUUCUGAAAGAAGAAGAUGAUAAUCAAGACGGCUUUAUAUCUUAUCAGGAGUUUAAACGAUCUGUUGAAGACCAAGGAACACACAAAUAA